AUGCUUGGGAAGGAGAAGUGUGGAAAUGAUAAAAACGAAAUCUCAAGGUGUAGAGACAAUUCAAGAAAAGGCCUAGGUUAUUCCUCGGAGUCGGAUAUCCCCGAGCAGGGGAAAAGAGGAAGACGUCCAGGGAUAUCCUAUGCAGAUUUGAUAACAGAGGCUAUAGAAAGCAGCUCCGAAGGAAUGCUAACACUUAAGGAAAUAUAUUCCUACAUCUCUUCAAAACACCCAUACUUCUCUCUUAAGAAGACGGGGUGGCAGAACUCAAUUAGACACAACCUGAGUUUGAAUAAAUCUUUCUAUAAGGUCCCCAGAACAUCGGCAAACCCGGGAAAAGGUUCGUUCUGGAAGAUAAACUAUGAAUUCCAGAACAGCAAGGGUUCACAAAAGACCUACAGGUCUAGGAAUAAAUACUCAUUCAAUAGCAAUCGUGAUGCAGAAAAGAAUGUCAACUCGAUAUCAGAGCUUCUUGGAGCACAGCAAGGCUUUUUCGAUAGUAUCGGUGUUACAGAAGUUCCCUUCGAGCGCCACACAACAGUCUUUGAUGGAAACUUGACAAGCCUCAGCGAUUGUCUUGAUCACAGUUACCAAAAGGAAUAUUUCGACCACAACGACGACCUCUCAAACACAAACUACAUUUUCUCGUUCAGAUGA